AUGCUCUCUGCAGCCGCCGUGAUGGCGCCGGCAGCAGCUACACAGAAGAGCUCCCUUGAGGUCUUGCUUGAGACUCUAAAGAAGCGCGAUGAGCAGCCCAAGGAUGCGCCUCCAACAUUGCCAGCCCGGCCGACGUGCCGUGGCCGGCUGCCCACCACCAGACGGCCAUCACUGCCUGCUGGCUUUAAGCUCGAGAAUGGCAUGGCAACAGUUGCUGCCACAGAAGUUGCAGUGGUUGACAAGAAGGCAGAUGCUAAGAUGGAGAUUGCUGGGCUGGAGGCCAAGGAGGAAAAGCCGGUGAAAGGCUGCAUCUUUGGGACUAAGAGGAAGUUCCCUAACACAGAAGCGCUGGAGGAGUCGCCAUAUGUUGAUGAAUUUCAUGAGGAGAGGAAGGGUACUGCAGUUUGUAAGGAUCCCCCCUCUGUUUCCUCGGCAACAAUAAAGACGAAUGGGAAGCCAGCAUGUACAAAUAUCAUGGACUAUGUUCUCCAGAAGAAGCUACGAGUUUGGUGUUCUUCACCAAAUGCAAAGUGGGAACUUGGACAGAUCCAAUCAAUAUCUGGAGAUGAUGCUGAAAUACUCCUGGCUAAUGGAAAAGUUUUGACGGUGUCACCAGAACAACUCUUGCCUGCCAACCCUGAUAUCCUCGAUGGAGUGGAUGAUUUAAUCCAGAUGAGUUACUUGAAUGAACCUUCAGUUCUUUACAAUCUGCAAUUGCGACAUUCUCACGAUCUUAUCUAUAAGUUGCACUCUAUGGGAAGUCUUCAAUCAUGCAAUACAAGCAAAAAGACCAACGAUGACCCACAUGUGUAUGCAGUUGCUGAUUUGGCAUUUAAUGAGAUGCUGCGAGAUGGCGUAAACCAAUCUAUAAUAAUAAGUGGUGAAAGUGGAGCAGGAAAAACUGAGACGGCUAAAAUUGCAAUGCAAUAUUUGUCUGAUCUUGGGGGUGCUAGUGGUACGGAGUCUGAGGUUCUUCAGACCAAUGUUAUUCUGGAAGCAUUGGGGAAUGCAAAAACAUCACGAAACCAUAACUCGAGCCGAUUUGGCAAGCUUAUUGAAAUACACUUUUCUGAAACUGGGAAAAUGUGUGGUGCUAAAAUCCAGACCUUCCUGCUUGAGAAGUCGAGGGUGGUUCAAAGGGCACAAGGAGAGAGAUCUUACCAUAUUUUCUAUCAACUGUGCUCUGGAGCUCCUCCACUUCUCAAAAAAAAAUUGUUUCUGAAAAGCGCCAGUGACUACAAUUACUUGAAGCAGAGUAAUUGCUUGAAAAUCGAUGGUGUUGAUGAUUCAAAAAAGUUCACAGUGCUAGUGGAUGCAUUGGAUACUAUUCAAAUAUCUAAGGAAGACCAAAUGAAAUUAUUUUCUAUGCUUGCAGCUGUCUUGUGGCUGGGAAACAUAUCAUUCUCUGUGAUUGAUAAUGAAAACCAUGUGGAAGUUGUUUCAAACGAAGGGUUGGCUACUGCUGCAAAGCUAUUAGGCUGCACUGCAAAUCAACUAGUGACUGCUAUGUCCACUGUAAAAAUCCGAGCUGGAAAUGACAGUAUCGUUAAAAAGCUGACAUUAACUCAGGCCAUUGACGCAAGAGAUGCACUAGCAAAGUCAAUCUACGCCAAUUUAUUUGACUGGAUUGUUGAGCAAAUUAACCACUCACUUGGAACGGGGAGGCAAUUUACAUGGAGAUCCAUAAGUAUUUUGGAUAUUUAUGGGUUCGAGUGUUUCAAUAAGAAUGGUUUUGAGCAAUUUUGUAUAAAUUAUGCCAAUGAGAGGCUGCAGCAGCACUUCAACCGACAUCUUUUCAAACUACAACAGGACGAAUACUUGGAAGACGGAAUUGAUUGGACCCCCGUGGAAUUUGUGGAUAACACUAAUUGCUUAUCCCUCUUUGAGAAGAAACCUCUAGGGCUAUUGUCAUUAUUGGAUGAAGAGUCUACUUUCCCAAAGGCAACAGACUUUUCCUUUGCUAACAAGCUUAAGCAGCAAUUAAGUGGUAACUCUUGCUUCAAGGGUGAAAAAGAAGGCACAUUUAAGAUUUGCCAUUAUGCAGGGGAGGUGACAUAUGAUACAGCUGGGUUCCUGGAGAAGAACAGAGAUCCAUUGCACUCUGAGUCAAUCCAACUACUAUCAUCAUGUAAAUGUGAACUUCCAAAACAUUUUGCCUCUGUCAUGGUUGCUGAUUCUCAGAAUAAAUCAAGUCUGUCAUGGCAUUCAGUAAUGGAUACACAGAAACAAAGUGUUGUAACGAAAUUUAAGGCUCAACUGUUCAAGCUGAUGCAGCAGUUGGAGAGUACAACCCCACAUUUUAUUCGAUGCAUUCAACCAAAUAGCAAACAACAUCCCAGGUUAUUCGAGCAUGAUCUUGUCUUGCACCAGCUUAAAUGCUGUGGGGUGCUUGAAGUUGUUCGGAUAUCAAGAACAUGCUAUCCAACUAGGAUCACUCACCAACAGUUUGCUGAAAGAUACGGAUUUCUUCUCUUGCGUUCCAUUGCAUCUCAAGAUCCACUUAGUGUUUCAAUUGCUGUUUUGCAACAGUUUAACAUUCCCCCUGAAAUGUAUCAAGUUGGCUACACGAAAUUGUUUUUCCAUACAGGACAGUUAUACAUGAGUGAAAGAGCAAGAAUACACUUUGAUAAUCUUGUCAAGAGAUGGAGGGCAGCUGUUCUUAUACAGAAGUACACUAGGCGUCGACUUGCAGCUAACAUGUUUAAUGAUCAACUGAGUCAUAUCAUUCAUCUUCUUCAGUCCGUGAUGCGUGGGUGCCUGGCCAGAAGGAAAUACAAGUGCCUGCAGAAUGAAAAGGAGUCAAAGGCCAGUCACAACAUAGUUCAAGGGGACACAAGGAAGAAUAAUUCCGAGUCAAGAAUUUGCCAUGAAAUGAAUGGGCAUUAUCCUCACGAACCAGUCAUCACUGAGCUUCAGGGUCGUAUUACGAAAGCUGAGGCUGCAUUGCGGGACAAGGAGGAAGAAAAUGUAAUGCUAAAACGGCAAUUGGAACAGUAUGAGAGGAAAUGGUCGGAAUAUGAGGCCAAAAUGAAAUCUAUGGAAGAGGCAUGGAAGAGACAGCUCUCUUCUCUGCAGCUGAGCCUUGUUGCUGCUAAGAAGAGCCUAGCUGCUGAUGAUGCAACCACUAGAGCCGCUUGGACCGAUUUUACUCCAACACAUGCCCAGUAUGACUCUGAAGACACAUUGUCCACUGGGACCCAUACACCUGAAGUGAUAGAGUCGAGACACCACAACCACAACCCUGAAGCUAAAGUUUCAGCAGGAAACUCGGAUAGGCGAGUAAAUGCUGUGAACCACCUAGCAAAGGAGUUUCAAGACAGACGGCAGGUGUUCGAAGAUGAUGCAGGCUUCCUUGUUGCAGUCAAGUCCGGUCAGGUUGGUUCAAAUAUGAACCCAGACGAGGAACUCCGGAAGCUCAAGGACCGCUUUGCGACAUGGAAAAAAGAUUAUAAAUCUCGGUUGAAGGAGACGAAGGUAAACCUUAAUAAGGUUGGCACCCAUGAUGAGAAAUCGCGGAAAAGAUGGUGGGGAAAGAAGAGCUCGAAGUGA